CGUAUUUUGAAGCCUCCCAGUUUGUUUUUCUAUUUACGUUGAGCGGCGACGUGAUGACGUGUAAACGCUGCGACGCACAUGUGAGUGUAGUGAGGCUCAACAUGGCUGCGGAGAGGCUACAGUUUCACGAAAUGGGCUUAGACGACCGCCUGUUAAAGGCGGUUGCAGAUCUGGGUUGGUCCCAGCCCACGCUGAUCCAGGAGAAGGCCAUCCCUCUGGCUCUGGAAGGGAAGGACCUUCUGGCUCGAGCCCGGACCGGAUCUGGAAAGACGGCAGCCUAUGCCAUCCCGCUCAUACAGCGCAUCCUUUCCUUCAAGCAGAGCGUCCGUGAGCAGGACGUCCGAGCUCUGAUCCUGGUUCCCACCAAAGAGCUGGGUCAGCAGGUCCAGACCAUGAUCCGACAGCUCACCACGUACUCCUCCAGGGACGUCCGAGUCGCCGACAUCUCUGGAAAAGCUGAUCUAUCGGCACAGAGGCCCAUCCUAAUGGAGAAGCCUGACGUGGUCGUGGGGACGCCGUCUCGUGUCCUCGCCCACCUCAACGCCCAGAACCUGGUCCUGCAGUCUUCUCUGGAGAUGCUGGUGGUGGACGAGGCCGACCUGCUCUUUUCUUUCGGCUUCGAGGCCGACCUGAAAAACUUGUUGUGCCAUCUUCCCAAGAUCUACCAGUCGUUCCUGAUGUCUGCGACUCUCACCGAGGACGUCCAGGCCUUAAAGGAGCUGCUGCUGCACAACCCUGUGAUCCUGAAGCUGCAGGGCUCCCAGCUCCCAGACAGCAGCCAGCUGCAGCAGUACAGCAUCAAGUGUGAGGAGGAGGACAAGUUCCUGCUCGUCUACACGCUGCUGAAGCUGAGGCUGGUCCAGGGGAAGACGCUGGUGUUCGUGGGCGAGGUGGACCGAUGCUACCGGCUCAAGCUGUUCCUGGAACAGUUCAGUAUUCCCGCCUGCGUCCUCAACUCGGAGCUGCCCGUCCACUCCAGGUGUCACAUCAUCACACAGUUCAACCAGGGCUUCUACGACUACAUCAUCGCCACAGACGAACAGAGCUUGGCCGAUCCCACCUCCACUUCACAGGCGACCGCAGGAAAAGACAAGAAGAAGAAGACGGCCAAAGAGAAAGGAGGACAGACUAAAGACAAAGAGUACGGCGUCUCCAGAGGAGUCGACUUCCAGAACGUCGCUAACGUCAUCAAUUUUGAUUUCCCCGCAACUGUAGAGUCGUACAUUCAUCGGGUCGGCAGGACAGCGAGAGCCGAUAACCCCGGCACCGCUCUGUCCUUCGUCUCCCUCACGGAGCAGGAGCUGCUGUCGGAGGUGGAGGAGGCUCUGAGCGGAGAUAACUCUGACUCGGUCCUGAAGCCGUACGCGUUUAAGAUGGAUGAGAUCGAAGGCUUCAGGUACAGGUGCAGGGAUGCGAUGCGUUCAGUGACCAAACAGGCCGUCAGAGAGGCCAGACUCAAGGAGAUCAAACAGGAGCUGCUCAACUCGGAGAAGCUCAAGACGUAUUUCGAGGACAACCCCAGAGAUCUGCAGCUGCUCCGACACGACAAAGACCUUCACCCUGCGGUCAUCAAACCGCACCUGAAGAACAUACCGGACUACCUGGUUCCUGAGACUCUGAAGAACGUCCUGCAUCCACUGUCCAGCAGGAGGAGGAAGAGGAAGGAAAAACCGAAGCCGGACGGAGUCGCUAGGAGCAGCUUCAAGGGGAAGAACCCGCUGAAGAGUUUCCGUUACACCGGAGGCAAAAACAGAAAAGUUAAAGCAGGAAAGUCGACGUGAAUCUGGACGUGAUCAAAGCUGAAGAGACGUUUGCUGUGAGGACGGUUUGGUCUCCGCUGUGAGUCAAAUAUGAACUGAAUGGACCUGAGGACUGUUAGAUGGACCGAGGACUGAAUGGACACGGGGACAGAUUUACGUGGACUUUAUCAUGGGUAUUAUCUCAUUUCUAAUUAAUCUGUUCUAAUCUGAAUAAAUUCAAAAUGUUUGUUUUUGAAUAAAUGUUCUUCUCUCACUCUC